GUCCCCAGUUCCCAUCUUUUCCUUCCACCAGAUUUGAAACCUAAUCGAUAAUUGCAGCACGUCUUAUUGAGCCACAACUAUUGACUGGAACUGCGAAAUUUGAUACUGGGUCUAUACAGCACACAAGUCUUAGAUUCUGCUGCAGUCAGUGUCACGUCUAGGCUUCAGCAGAGAAUUGAGUCAAACAAGUUCAGUUUACCAAGACACGACACCAGCAUCAUGUCGGCAGCAUUGAGCCGGAUCGACUUGACUCAGCCCGAGAGGAUCACCAAGCGAAAACGUUCAAAGGAUGCGCCCGACUCCAACAAUGAAGAGAGCAGGAAAAGAGGAAGACCUCGACUGGAGACAGAGGGCGAGAGUGCUGCAGAUAAAAGAAGGCAGCAGGUGCGCUUGGCGCAACGCAAUUAUCGACAAAGAAAAGAGAAUACGAUCGAUGAAUUGAAGAAACAGGUCCAGGAACUUCAAUCCACCAUCCAGUCUAUGAACCAAACUUUUAGCCAUUUCUCCGAGAGAUGCUCUGCUACCAAUGUUUCACCCAUCGUACUUGACGAGGUGCAAAGUAUUGCUCAACUAUACUCUGCUGGUCAAAGCCGAGCAGACUCGCUGAGUAUGAGCAAUUCACCAGAGAUUGAGUCUCUGGUCAUUAAGCCUCCGUCGUCAACAAGCGGUCGCGAGAGAUCCAGUCCCCUAACCACUAACGAAAGCGACACAUCACCCCGAACCGAGGUCAAGCACUGGAGCCCUCUUACUGCUCCCGUCAGUGCAUUAAACAUGCCCGAUGGCAUAGACAACGAUCCUGCUUCAUUCUCCAUACUGCGGUCAUUGGGCAUUCCUUCCACAUACAGCUCUUUCGAGAGGACAUUCGCUCGGAGACUACAUCGAGCAAGUUGUGAAUAUGCUUAUCGACUCGCCUGCGAUCCCGCUCGGGUACCCAUUCUUUUCAACAAUGUAUUCAAACUAACCCUCAAGGCUGCUGGCACUGUCGAUCGACUUAAGUACAGCCUGCGAUCAACUUUGAGCCGAAGCACCAAAGAACCGUUGUCCAAUUGGGGAGUGACCUACAUUCACGUUGGCGGUGCAGGCACUCACUAUGCACGACCCCCUGAGGAAGGCGGUUUGAGCUACAUGUCACCGACUUCAUGGGCUGUGACGACCGUAGGCCCCCACAAGAUUGGCGGUUCUACCAUUGAAGAGGCGCUCACGGCAGAGAUGUUGCUUCGAGGUGUAACGGGUAUGGACGGUGAAUGGUUCGACGCUUACGAUGUCGAAGGGUAUCUUGCUGAGAAAGGUAUCCGUCUGGACCCGAGUUCGUCCUUCGCCGAAAUCGAGCUACCAGACGAUGAGCCUUCCGGCCCUGGGUAUUCCGUCGCAUCACCUCCAAUGGACGCGAUUACUGCAUACGUGCAGAGUUUGACAACUUCGGGAGCUGAAAGUGUUUCCGCGCACCCCACAUACUAUCCUGGACUUUCGGAGGCAGGACACAUGCCGACUUUACCUGCUAUCCAACCACAGAGAAAAUCAUACCCGGUAGUGCAAACGUACUUCCAGUCACAAGUCGACGAGCGAAGGUCGACGGCUCCCACAGUCGAUCAGCAGUAUGGAACUAUGCCUAUGACGGACCACGUGUACCCCUAUGCCCGCCAGCCGGCGAGGAAAGCUCGCGUUACCAUUGAUGUUGGCAAGUUCAUUGAGCAUAUGAGCAUGGCAGGCACUUGUUUGAUGCGCGCACCAGGUUAUCGCCGCAAGGAUAUUGACGUUGCACUUCGAAGAUCGGCAGUAGCAGCACACUAGAGUCCAUUUGACAAUGUCAUGAAAGCAUUGUGAUAGGGAAGACAGAAUGAAGUAUGAACUGGGAAUGGGUCAUGGUAGUAAUGGUAUUAAGUCAGGUGUACAUGAGGGUCAUAUGGGUUGGCUUCUGGAGAUUUGUAGCAUAGUACACAAAUCAUAUUCGACAGCGGUUCAUUCUAAAUUGUUUAUCCACCCUUAU